AUGGCGCACGCUCGAGCGCCGCUUUUGGUAGGGAUUGAUGUUGGAAUGACCUGCACGGGUGUCGCAUACAUCAUCCAGUCUCCAGCGAUUGAGAUGGUAGAGCCGCGUACAAUCCAAAAAUGGCCGGGGCGUGGCGCCGCCAAGGCCGACAAGGUGCCAACUUCACUUUGCUACUGGGGCCGGGAAAUAGUUUGGGGAUUCGACACGCAGCGAGACGAAAUCGAUGACUCAGAAGUCCACGACUGGUUCAAGAUUUUCCUGGACGAAAGGGAGUUUGAGAAGUUCCGCUCACGGGGAGAGGACGUUCCGCCGUCCCAUGGCCACGUGAAAAAGUACUACCGAGACUUCUUGAGGAAGCUCUAUGCGCAUAUCAAGAAGAUCUUGAGCACAGAGCUACCAGCCUUAAGCUUCGAAGACGAGACCAUCCAGUUUAUCUUCUCCGUUCCCACUACCUGGAGCCCUGGUGUUGCGGAAGAUCUGAGGGUAUUAGCGCGUGAAGCGGGUUUUGGCCACGAUGGUGCCAAUCACUCAGUCGAGAUUGGGUUGACCGAGGCAGAAGCUGCAGCCGUCUGCACGCUGGGUACCGAGACCGAAAGAUACUCAAACGGUGACAUCAUGCUCGUGGUCGAUGCUGGGGGCGGCACAACAGACCUCGCUCUUCUCAAAGCCGAACUCGCGGCAGGGAGUAGACCGACUUUGAAGCAGCUUGAUGAUGUGCGAGGAGACGAGAUCGGAAGCGUCGAAAUCGACGUCGCCUUCGCGAGGCUAGCACAGGAUCGCCUCGAAGAAGCCGCACCAUACAUCGGUCUCGACCCGGACACCAUACCAGCCGUCGUAAAGAAGAUGUGCAAAGGCGCAUUCAAAAUCGUAAAAGAGGAGUAUGGAAACGAAGACUCUGUCCACCUCGCCGUGAGCACCAUACCCAUUCCGGACAUGUCCAACCGCGUGUCAUCGGAACUGGGUGGCGUCCAAAGAGGCAGGCUAGUCCUGAAAAUGUCCGAAGUAAAAGAGAUGUUCGACGCGCAGCUGGAAAAGAUGUACGGGCUCAUCGACUGGCAACUGAACAGGAUGCGGUCAGUCGCGCCGCACGACCAAGUGAAAUACCUGGUGCUCUCGGGAGGGUUGGGUAGUUCCGAGUACGUCUUCAAACAGUUGGAGAAGCGGUACAUCCAUGAGCGGCCGAACCUUUACGCACCCCAUUUGAGGAUAGUGACCACCAAUUACCCACACCUUUCCGUUGUCAAGGGUCUGUUGAUAGACAGACUCCAGAAGCUCAAGUUCGACAAGUCCGUUCUCAGAGCUCGAAAGUGCCGGCAAUCGUUGGGGAUCGUUUGCGAACAGGUGUAUGAUCCCAGUCAGCAUAAAGGAGCGAAGCUGAAGGUCGAUCCGGUCGACGGCUUGACAUAUGCGGUUGACCAGGUCAGCUGGUUUAUCCGACAGGGUGACCUGAUAGAGAGCGGGGCAAUUGAAAAGCCCUUCUAUCGUAACCUCGCAAAAGGUGGCUCGCGAGAGCCAUACACAAGCAGGAUCGUGAUCUGCAAUUCGAGGCCCGGCUCGCUCCCGACAAGCUUGAAAGACGAUGGAAUUGAGCUGUGCUGCGUCAUGAAUUCUGAUCUGUCGAAGAUUGACGUCCAGAAUUUCGACAAGGUGAAGAAGCACUGGUGGCAGUUGAAGAAACCGCCAUCCUACUACAAAGUCGCCUAUGGGAUCAAAUUCAUCCUGAACGCCGCCAACAUUGAAAGCGAAUUGUGGUUCGACGGCAAGAAAUAUAACGAGCCUAGUUCGUUUCGCGUGCAUUUUGAAAGCGGCAUGUGGCGACCUCGGCCAAAGGAGCAUCUUUCGGGGAGUGGAGCGGAUUUGACAUCUUAG